CUCACGACACCCCACAUCGACCACUUCCUCUGUUCCUCCCUUUCUCCCGCCUGCACCUGUCUACGUCGUUACCCCGCUUAUCUGUCCACCCGACCACCUAAUUUUACCGACCCUCCAUGCCAGCCAAGAAGCGUUGCCAAUUUCAGAUCAGCACCGAGAACCAGUGCAAUUCCGCAGCGUUACGACUCGUAGGAGAGUGCCCUCAUUGUCUGUCACAAUUCUGUGGAGCACACCGUCUUCCAGAACACCACAGCUGCAAUAACUUGGAGGAUUGCCGACAGCAAGCUUUCUUGAAGAACAAGGAGAAGCUCGAGUCUGAACGGACGGUGGCGUCCAAGAUGGCUACGGCCUAGGAUUCAUCCUAUCAUUUCCCGAGCAUUGUCCGCAACACCAGCUGGCUGUGGCAUGUAAUGCCACUACUGGCAGACACACGUAUGUUGUUACUACCUCCGUACAUAUCUAUUUACGCAUAACGGACCCCCCCCCCCUUCCCCC